AAUCGACCCACGCUGAGUCUGGGGAAGGUGUCUGCCUCGGUCGCUCUGGGGUAAGGAAUAAGAAGUGACAACAUUUAUUUCACCUUCUGGACGCAAACCUGCCUGGCUAACCAUUGAUUGAUGCCAACCCAUCUCCUGCUUCAUACUCCUCCAUCUCGAUCGCCCUCACGUACCUUGAUCCAAAAUGUCUGCCAGGAUACCCGCAAUUUGCCGCGACCGCGUGAGCGACCGCGCCAAGCAGACGCUGGACCUCGUCGCCAAGUUCGUUGAGGAGGAAUGCCUUCCUGCCGACCCCGUCUUCGAAGCACAGCUCGGCAAAGGCGAUGACCGGUGGAAGAGCCACCCUGCCGUGGUGGAUGACCUCAAGAAGCGCGCGCGCGCGCUGGGCCUGUGGAACAUGUUCCUGCCCAAGGGCCACUACAAGGAGUCGCCGGGCUUCACGAACCUCGAGUACGGCCUGAUGGCCGAGUGGCUGGGCCGGUCCCGCGUCGCGUCCGAGGCCGUCAACUGCGCCGCCCCCGACACGGGCAACAUGGAGGUGAUUGCAAAGUACGGAAACGAGGCCCAGAAGCAGCGCUGGCUGGUGCCGCUGAUGGAGGGCCAGAUCCGGUCCGCGUUCCUCAUGACGGAGCCGGGCAUCGCGUCGUCGGACGCGACCAACAUCCAGAUGGAGAUCCGCCGCGAGGGCAACGAGUACGUGCUCAACGGCCAGAAGUGGUGGUCCAGCGGCGCGGGCGACCCGCGCUGCGCUGUCUACGUGGUUAUGGGCAAGUCGGACGCGGGCAACAAGGACACGUACCGCCAGCAGUCGGUGAUCCUGGUCCCCGCCGACACGCCCGGCAUCACCAUCCACCGCAUGCUGAGCGUCUACGGCUACGACGACGCGCCGCACGGCCACGGCCACAUCACCUUCAGUAACGUGCGCGUGCCCGUCGCCAACAUGGUGCUGGGAGAGGGCCGCGGGUUCGAGAUCAUCCAGGGCCGCCUGGGUCCCGGCCGCAUCCACCACGCCAUGCGCACCAUCGGCGCCGCCGAGCGCGCGCUCGACUGGAUGCUGAUGCGCAUCAACGACCCCAAGAAGACGCCCUUCGGCAAGCAGCUGCGCGAGCACGGCGUCGUGAUCGAGUGGGUCGCGCGCUCGCGCAUCGAGAUCGACGCCGCCCGCCUCGUCGUGCUCAACGCCGCCAUCCGCAUGGACGAGGAGGGUCCCAAGGCCGCGCUCAAGGAGAUCGCCGAAGCCAAGGUGCUGAUCCCCACCAUGGCCCUGACCGUCAUCGACCGCGCCGUGCAGUCCUUCGGCGGCGCCGGGGUCAGCCAGGACACGCCGCUCGCAAACAUGUGGGCCCAGAUCCGCACGCUGCGCUUCGCCGACGGGCCCGACGAGGUCCACCUCGCCCAGCUGGGCCGCAACGAGAACAAGCGCGGCAAGGCCGUGGCCGAGUCCAUCGAGAAGCAGAGGCUGCGGACCGAGGAGCUGCUGCGCGAGUACAAGCUCACCAGACAGGAGCUGGGGACUGGGAUUUCGAGGAGUAAGCUCUAGGCUCAUGCGCAGAAAAAGAUGCUACGCGAUGUUUUUGUAUAAAUUGGCAAGCUUUCUUCGGCGCCUUAAAUCUACCUCUUCGGUCAUGUGGUUGGGCGUUUGCCCUCGCAUCCGUGUUUGCCUCCAAAGUUGCUGCCCAAAAAAGCGAUACGAGAGAAAUCACACAGAAAAGAACAAACAAAUACUCUCGUCUCGCUCAAAUGCCAGCAGCUACACCCGCCACAAACU